AUGUCCAUAAGUCAUAAUAAAGUAACUGGAGCUUUUGCUUUACUUGAUAGUUUAGUUAGACAUAACGUUGAAUAUAUAUUUGGAUACCCUGGUGGAGCAAUUCUGCCUAUAUAUGACGAAUUAUACAGAUGGGAAAAAUCUGGUAAGAUUAGACAUAUUUUGUCAAGGCAUGAACAAGGUUCUGCACAUGCUGCUGAUGGUUAUUCUAGAUCUACUGGAAAAGUAGGUGUUUGUUUUGCAACAUCUGGACCAGGUGCAACAAAUUUAGUUUCAGGUAUUGCAACUGCACAAAUGGAUUCUGUUCCUUUAUUAUUAAUUACAGGUCAAGUUGCUAGACCAUUCAUAGGUACAGAUGCUUUUCAAGAAGUUGAUAUUUUUGGUAUAACUUUACCAAUCGUCAAACAUUCUUAUGUUGUUAGAGAUCCUAGAAAUAUGUCAAAGAUAAUCUCUGAAGCUUUUUAUAUAGCACAACAUGGUAGACCCGGUCCAGUAUUAAUUGAUGUUCCUAAAGAUGUAGGUUUGGAGAAAUUUGUGUAUAAUCCUAUUGAUCCAGGACAAGUUUUUUUGUUAGGUUGUAGGCCUUUUUUAAAGCCAAAUAAUAAACAAAUUAUAAAAUUUAUAAAACUAUUAGAGAAUUCUAGUCAACCUUUAUUAUAUGUUGGUGGUGGAUCGAUAAUUUCUGGUGCUCACCAAGUUAUAAAGGAAUUAGCUGUUAAAUUUCAAAUACCUAUAACAACAACUUUAAUGGGUAAAGGAAUUAUUGAUGAAAAAGAUGAUUUAUCUUUAGGUAUGCUUGGCAUGCAUGGUACAGCAUAUGCUAACUUUGCUGUUAGUGAAAGUGAUUUAUUAAUUGCUUUAGGUGCUCGUUUUGAUGAUAGAGUUACAGGCAAAUUAGAUGAAUUUGCCUGUAAUGCUCAAGUUAUUCAUAUUGAUAUUGAUCCAGCUGAAGUAGGUAAAAAUAGAAUACCGCAAUUAGCUAUUAUUGGAGAUAUUAAUAAUGUUUUACAAGAUAUUAUGGACUAUAUUGAAAAUAAUCAGAAUAUUUUGUAUACAACGGAUCAAACGAGGUCAUGGAGAGAAAGAAUUGAUUUGUGGAAACAUCAAUAUCCAUUAUUAGUACCAACAAAUGUUAACACUUUAUCCUCUCAAGAGAUUUUAUCUUCCUUAUGCAUAAUGGAACCUAAUGCAUAUUUUACAACUGACGUAGGUCAGCAUCAAAUGUGGGCAGCGCAAUUUCUUAAUGUUUUACCUCGUCAUUGGAUUUCUAGUGCUGGUCUAGGUACUAUGGGUUAUGGUCUUCCAGCUGCUAUAGGUGUACAAAUUGCAUAUCCUAAUGAAAAAGUUGUUUGUGUUAGUGGUGAUGCUAGUUUUCAAAUGAAUCUUCAAGAAUUAGGUACUAUUGCUCAGUAUAAUUUACCAAUAAAAAUUAUCAUUAUUAAUAAUAAAUGGCAAGGUAUGGUUAGACAAUGGCAACAAGCUUUUUAUGGUGAACGUUAUUCUCAUUCCAAUAUGGAAAAAGGUUCUCCUAAUUUUAUAGAAUUAGCAAAAUCGUUUGGAAUUGCAGGAUUUGAGUUAACGCUACGUAAGGAUAUCGACACGAUCUUGGAAUCUUUUUUGAAUUGCAAUGGACCUUGUUUACUAGAUUGUAAAGUUACAGAAGAUGAUAAUUGUUAUCCAAUGGUUGCACCAGGCAAAAGUAAUGCACAAAUGAUAGGUAUUAUAAAGCAAUCUAAAGUAACUAAUUCAUUACUUAAUUAG